GUGACAAUAGUGACAUUUUCUGACUCCAAGCAAUCCAGGCCGAAUCUAGGCGGUUUAAAAGUUUUCGUAGCAAAAUAAACAAAAAUGUUGUUCUAUUCUUUCUUUAAAUCACUCGUCGGCAAAGAUGUGGUAGUGGAACUGAAGAACGACCUUAGUAUAUGUGGCACGCUACAUUCAGUUGACCAAUACUUGAAUAUAAAGCUGUCUGAUAUAAGCGUCAUUGAUCCGGAGAAAUAUCCACACAUGUUAUCAGUUAAAAACUGUUUUAUCCGAGGUUCUGUGGUUCGUUACGUGCAGCUGCCGGCAGACGAAGUUGAUACCCAGUUGUUACAAGAUGCUGCGCGAAAGGAGGCCACAGUUUCGACAAGAUAAAUACUCUAACCUCUUUUCGUGAAUUUUCGGUGUUUUGGACCCAUGAAGUGCGUGUACAUACUAAUUUAAGCAUAAAUUUCGCAAUAAAGUUGUAAUGUGAGCCUUUAA